CCCAUUCCCAUUCCCAUUCCCAUCCCCGCGCCGCUGCCGCUGCCACGUCGGCGCCCACCAACUCACCGUCACCGGCGGGCGAGGUUUAGCACGGGAGGACACCCAGCCAGCGCAUCUCGCCGCGGCGGAUGCCCCCCCGUAUAUAUCCACCACCACCACCGCCCCCUUCCUCUCGCAAAUCACCAAACUGCCCCUCGUCGUAAAAGCAAGGAGACGGACGGACGGACGGACGAACGAACGAGGCAGGCACAGGCAGGGGAAAGGGGAGAAGAUUUUUCAGAUUUUUGCGGCAGCGACCUACCCCAGCUCCGCGAGAGAGACCGACCGCCCGCCCGCCCGCGAGCGGCAGCAGCAGCAGCUACCUUCCCCCGUCCCCGACAUGACGCCGCAUCUACCCGCCGCCGUCGCCGUCGCCGUCGCCUGCUCCUCCUCCUCCGCCUCCUCCACGCCCACCACCACAUCCCGCGCCGCCGCCUACCACCACCACCACCACCACCACCUGCUCGACGCCGCCGCCGCGCCUCCGUCGUCCUCGCCGCAGCACCAGUACCGGAGGCGGAGGCGGCGCCGGGUGCCCGGUUGCCUCCGCCCGUCGCGCCCCUCGCGCGCCGCGUCCGUCCGCUGCUGCGCCGCCGCCGCGCCCGCGCCGCAGGCGGCGCUGCCCGCGGCGGCGCGCGCCGAGGCGGAGGCCACCACGCGGGUCUUCGUCGUCUCCGACCUGCACACGGACUACCCGGAGAACAUGGACUGGGUGCGCCGCCUCCCCGCCGAGGUCGGCGCCGGCAAGGGCCACGGCGUCGACGCGCUCGUCGUCGCCGGCGACGUGGCCGAGACCAGGGACAACUUCGCGCGCACCAUGGAGGUCCUCAGGGAGCGAUUCGCCGCCGUCUUCUACGUGCCAGGGAACCACGAUCUCUGGCUGCGCCGCGAGGGCGGACGCUACAUGGAUUCGCUGGAGAAACUGACUGCAUUGCUUGAUGCGUGUAGUGAGCUGGGUGUGGAUACAGGCCCAAGAACAAUAGGUGACUUGGGAAUCAUACCUUUGUUCUCAUGGUAUCACAAGAGCUUUGACAAGGAGAAGGAUGUUAACAGUGUGCGUGUCCCUUCGCUAGAGAUGGCCUGUAAAGACUUCCAUGCUUGCCAAUGGCCUUCAGACCUGACAAAUGAUGACGAGGCUCUUGCUGUUUACUUUGACAAGCUGAAUGACAAGAAUCAUGAUGCUAUUGAAGAAGUGAAAAGAAGCAGCAAACAAAUAUUAACAUUUUCACACUUCGUACCAAGGCAAGAGUUGUGUCCGGAGAAACGUAUGCUUUAUUACCCAUACCUUCCUAAGGUCAUUGGUUCUGAUUUUUUGGAGAGGAGGCUCAGAGAUAUACACAGCAACAGAAAAGACGGAGCAGCUUGCCAUGUUUUUGGGCACACUCAUUUCUGUUGGGAUUCUGUGGUUGAUGAGAUCAGGUACGUGCAAGCCCCUCUGGCAUACCCACGAGAAAGAAAACGCCGGAUGAACAGUGAAGGCUGGUUGCCAUUUUGUGUAUACCGUGAUGGUUUCAACCCAGAAAUAUACCCGGCAUUGUGGUCAGACUACUACAACAAGAACAAAAGGGAACCCGAGAACACUCAGCUCGCGCCAUGGGUUGCCAGCCAUUUCGCGAAGUACCAUAAGUUCCACUGACCCUUUCUGAGUUCCCUUGGCUUUUUGCUGGAAUGGAUGCAGUUCGUCUGUUCAGGAUUGUGUUGAAACCUGCAUUUACCUGGGGAAAAGGAGAUAUUGACGUUUUACCUGUACAUGAUCUUUUUCUUGUUUCCACUCUUACCAUAACUUUUGGGCAAGUAAGCGCCAGCUUCUGUUCGUUGUAUGUUGCAGAAAUCUGAAUAAUGUGUAUAAGAUUCUUCAAAGUCUUUCCACAGAGAUAGUGAAAUAUAGCUGAUUCUGUUCAUCUAAC